CUUUUGUGAAAAUGACUACCCCUUCAGCAACAUCCACCAAAGAGACAACAAAUUUUGCGCGACUCUCUCGUCUUGUUCUGGAUUUUGGUACCCCAGCUCUGAGAGACAUAUUUGACAGAAUCCACCCACCAAAAAAGCUUUCUUCAGUUCUGGCAUCAAACAGUACUAAACUUUGUAAGGCGACAAAUCCUGCGCAGAAGGAAAAAUUGUACCCAACCAACGCUUCAGGAUCAACCCCGCUACCAACUGUAUCAUCCAUGGAUUUUGACAUAUCCCUUUUGAUAGUUCUUCUGAAGAAGAUUUGUAAAUUAAAUCCUCCUCCAUCAACCGGGAAUUGGAAUGAUCCUCCCUUACCAUCAGAUACGAGUCAAGAGGCUGACAUUGUCCGAAUAAAUUCUUUUAGAAACGAAGUGUUCGCUCACGCAGCCAAGGCUUCUGUUGAUGAUACAACUUUCACCACCAUCUGGACCGACAUCCAGGACGUAAUUGAGAGACUCGGCGGAAAGAAGGCUGAAAUGGAUGCCUUGAAGACUGAAUGUAUGGAUCCAGUUGUUCAACAAGAUUGUAGAGAUCAAGUAAGGCAGAUGAUCGAGGAUGAGAAAGAUGUCAAGGAAAAAAUCGAAAGCCUUGAAAAGAAGACAGAAGAAAAACUUGAUGACCUGGGUAAGAAGAUCGACGGAGUGCCGGAUGUGUUGCACGAGAUGUUGGAUGCGGGGAGAGAGAAAG